AUGGUAACAACCAUAGAUGCUACCAGUCCACUAUACCUACACCCUUCAGAUGGGAACAAUUUCCAGUCAAUAGAGAAGUUACAAGGCUCUUCCAACUUCAGGUCAUGGAAGAGGUCUAUGGAGAUAGCCCUGGAAUCUAGGAGGAAGCUAGGAUUUGUGACUGGAACAUUGGUGAAAGAUAGCUCAGACACUGUGAAGGCUGAGAUCUGGAACCAACUUGAGAAAAGGUUCUCUCUUGUGAAUGGAUCAAGGAAAUACAAACUCAACAAGGAGUUGUAUGAUACUAAGCAGCAAAGCAUGACUAUUAGUGAGUAUUACACUCAGAUGAAGGCAAUAUGGGAGGAAUUAGAGUCACUAAAUGUCCUUCCAUCUAUUGGAGAAGUGAAUGCUGAAGUUGCAGCUUUUCUCACAGCGUUGGGAAAGCAGAAUGAAGAACAAAAACUCUUCCAGUUUCUCAAUGGACUGGAUGAUGCUCAUGGGGCUCAGAGGAGUCAGAUUUUGAUGAUGAAAACUCUCCCAUCUGUUGAAACAACAUGCAGUUUUCUGGAACAGGAAGAAUAA